AUGUCUAUCCUUCAUCGGAUCAGACGAGAUCGUUACAGGGCCUCCGUGAGUGCCGGCGACCAAGGCGACUUCCAGACAACGUUCGUCAAAGAUGGCAACCUUCAUUAUGCUGUUGAGAAGGGAGAAAACAGCGAGGAGCCAUCCUACCAAGAGGUCUCUGGCGCUCCGGUAGAGAGUCGCUCGCCCCUUGGCUACCAUGUUGGUGCUGUCACGAUCACCUUCCUCAACUUGUCGAAGAUGGUCGGAACAGGAGUAUACUCGACACCCGCAUCCGUAUUGAAAGGCACUGGAUCAGUUGGCCUCGCUCUGAUCUGGUGGACGAUAGGCUUCUUCAUGUCCGCCGCCGGCCUCUCCGUCUACCUUGAAUUCGCGAGUUACUUCCCUCAUCGCUCCGGCAGCGAGGCCGUCUAUCUGGAGCAAGCAUUUCCACGACCCCGAUAUCUCUUUCCCGUCGCGUUCGCCAUUCAGAGUGUCCUGCUGUCGUUCAGCUCUUCAAAUGCAAUCGUCAUGGCAAACUACCUGUUCCGCAUCAGUACUCAUACUCCUUCUGACUGGGAAGUGAAAGGUCUCGCAGUCGGCGUGUACAGCCUCGCCUUCCUGACUGUGGUAUUCUCCACCAAAUGGUCCUAUCGCAUAUCUAAUGCCAUUGGCUUUAUCAAACUACUGACUCUUAUCUUCGUCGCGAUCACCGGCCUUGUCGUUCUUGGUGGCAACGUCUCGCGUGUUCCGGACCCUCAUGCAAAUUUCCGAGACAGCUUCUCUGGGUUCGAGGGCACGUCGGCGUCACCCUAUGGCAUCACUAAUGCACUGUACAAGAUCUACUUCUCUUAUGCUGGGUACGAGAAUGCCUUUAACGUCGUCAAUGAGGUGAAGAACCCCGUGAGGAGUAUCCGAAACUCUGGGGGCCUCUCACUGCUCGUUGUCGCUAUCCUAUACAUUUUGGCAAAUGUCGCCUACUUCUCGGCUGUACCUAAAGAGGAGCUGGUUCAGGGCAAGACCAUUGCCGCGAGCCUCUUCUUCCAGCACGUUUUCGGACCGGGCAAGGCUGUGCGAGGCUUGAACAUCCUCAUAGCCAUCAGCGCCUUCGGGAACUUGCUAGCAGUUCUCCUGGGAUCUUCGAGGCUCAUUCGUGAGUGUGGUCGCCAAGGCACCCUACCUUACGCCAACUUCUGGGCGACGCCUUUUCGACCUCAACAUCUACCUACGUCCUUCUUCAACUUCUGCAUGGCAGUUGGCCUAUACUUUACACGCCGCUCCCGCAAGCGCCUCAAUAUCCCCGCCCCCUCAAAGCGAGCCUCCUUUCGCACUUGGCACGUCGCCAUACUCUUCACCAUCGCCGUCAACCUCUUCAUGCUCAUCAUGCCAUGGUAUCCUCCAACAAGCGGAGCAACAGGCGGCGACGUCAGCUUCUGGUAUGCCACAUAUGUGGUCACCGGCAUCGGUAUCUUGCUGGCAUGUGGCGCGUACUAUGUGGUGUGGGUGUACGCACUGCAAGGUGGGAAGGGUAUCGCGCUGGUGAAGGUGCCACUCACCCGGCUGGAUCUGUGGGAUCAGGAGCACGAUGCGCAAGGAGCGAAGGUUGGGGGCCGUGGGUCCAGUGAUGAAGAUGAGGUCGUGGAUGUGAGUGGGAAGAACCAGUUGUGA